CUGAGUGAAGACGGAGAGGAGGAGAGGAACAAGAAGGGAAACGCGGAUAGCGGAAGGAGGAAGUAAGGGGAGAGCCAAGCGAAAUUGUCCAAUCAACUGACCGAUCCCUUAGUCGCUGGCUCAUCGAAGCUUGUCUCUUGCCUGAUCUGGGCUUCCCUACGCCAUACCCUCCCAUUUCUUGUUGUGCAUAAAAACAACAGAAAAACACCCCCACUAAACAUCAAAAUAGCAAACAUUGCAGAUGGCAGACGAGAAACCCCCCCCUUAUUCCCCACCUGCGAGCAGCAAGAGCAGCCUUACCUCCAGACCCAGCACUGGGAGUCUGAGAGCUGCUCACCCUCCCUCCCCACGUUCAUCCUCUCGACAUCCUUCUGUGUCUUCACAGCAGUCAAUGGCCGAUAUCCUCUCUAGCCCUCCAAAGCAUGAGGGUGUACCACCACGGGACUGGAGAACUGUCAAGGUGGGUGAACUGCUCAGCAAUAGGGAACUCUUGUUCGUGGAUCUUGACACCCCGGUCGAGUCGGCAUGUCAGGUAGGCCCCCCCCUCCUCCCCCGGUUUCUACCCCAUGGUUCCGAUAUUGCGCGCCGGAUAUUUGGACGUAUCUGCGUGCCCUCGUCUGAUCUAUGGAAUGCGAGAAACCUCGUCAAAAAUGUUCUGCUCACCCGCUGUGCUUAGACCCUUAUCGACAACGAACUUUCGUCGCUUCCAAUCAGAUCGUCUCCCAACGCGGAGUCCGUAUGCGGGACUUUUGACUAUAGCGAUCUGACAGCAUUUCUCCUCUUAAUAAUGGGGCUAUACCAACCCGAUGAGGAUGAGGAUAUGUCGUCUUUUGAAGAGUUGGCGAGGAAAGCUCGAGCGGGGUCCACUAUCCCCGUAAAACUUGUCAAGGAUCUUGGGAAAAAGGAUCCGUUCAUCACUGUUCCAGAGACGGAGGGCCUUGCCAAAAUUGUCGAGGUGUUCGGAAGUGGAGUUCAUCGAAUCGCGGUUGUCCGUGAAGGAACAAAUCAGGUUAUCGGGAUGAUUAGCCAGCUGCGUCUAAUAUCCUUCUUCUGGGAACACGGCAGGAGUUUCCCUACCAUAGAUCAGCUCUACCCUCGUUCCCUACGCGAUUUGAAUAUAGGCUCCGGAGAAGUCAUCUCAAUCAAGUAUGUAUUCGGCGAACGGGAUCGUCUCCGAAAUUGAUUCCGUAGCUUAGGAUACAUCGAAGCUAACGUAAUCGUAGCGGGGACAAAAAAGUCCUCGAUGCACUCGAAUUGAUGAAUUCCGAGGGUGUUUCCUCACUGGCUGUUGUAGACAAUCAACACAAUGUGGUCGGAAAUAUUUCGACUUGGGAUGUUAAAGUAAGCUUGUUCCUUCGUUUGUAUCAUUGGCAUUCGACUCCCACCCUGCAAACGCGAAGCUAAAUCUCUUUACAUAGUAUCUCACAAGAUCAAGCUCAAUGCCUCUAUUGAAAUCCUCGUGCUUGCACUUUUUGUCCGUUAUUCUGACAGACAGAGGGUUAAGUGAUGGCAAAGACUCAUACCCAGUAUUCCACGUGAAUGCUCAGUCAACCCUCGCGCACACGGUAGCCAAGAUUGUAGCGACACAGGCACAUAGGUGAGUAGGCCCCUCUGGGGAUACCAUCACUCUACGCUGUUCUGACAUCGAAUUUGUUUGUAGAAUGUGGAUUGUCGAAACCCCUAGCCCAGCCUCUACCGCUCCACCAACGCCCACUAUACCACCAGCAGUUGCGGUACCACCACUAUCUGUGCUUUCCCCGCUUCCUUCCCCUUGCACCUUCCCGAUCACGGCACCACCCACCCUUACUGCCGGGACUCUUCCUGGGGCACAUCUUAGCGGCAGGUUGAUGGGGGUGGUGUCUCUGACAGAUAUUCUUAAUAUAUUUGCCAGGAGCGCUGGUUUGACCCCGGUGGAUCCUAACGAAGCCAGGAGGCAGAGACGCAGAAGUUCCUCCAGCUCCAUGAGAGCUAGCUUUGACCAGGGUAGCCGAAGCUCGCUUGAUUUGCGUGAGCUUCGCGAAUCAUCGAGGUCUUCGUUUGAAAUUCGCAGAUGAGCUUUGAAUUUUACCCACUCCGUAUGGUUUAUGAGAGGGUAUAUCUAUCACUGAUGGAGUUCGUGCGUUUCUUCCUUAUGCCUCAUUUUCCGUUGGAAGCGGUUCGUUUGUAUUAUAUACACUUGAUGCGAGUUUUUUUAUUCGUUCUCCGCGCGCAACGUAUCAAUUUUCAAUUUUUCAGUCUUCACUUUCCUCCAUUCAUUAACGCUCAGUUACCCUUGGAUAGGAACCGGGAGCAGAUCACCAGCAGGGCAAGAGGGUGAUGCGGAUGGGCAGGUGGGGCUCCCAAGCCAAUUUCAGAUGAAGCGGUGGUGGGGGGGGUUUUUUUAUAUAUAUUUUUUCCGGGGCGGAUCAAAUUCUGCUUAAGCCCGCCGCCGAGAAAUUUCCUCGACUCGUCAUGUAUUUCCUCCAGAAACCUUUGAAAUAAAUAGAAAUACAUGGUCAUCUGGGCGAAGGAAAGAGAGCCAGGUAUCAUAAUAUUAUCAUAAAUAGCUUUUUCCCACCGGCGGGGGGGGUGGAACUAUUAUAGGAUGGUGCCAAGAUAUUUUGAACUCCCUCUUGCUUCUGAACGACCAACCUCACACCAUCAAGCCGCACCAUGAUCCUCAGGAAACUGGUCUUACGGCAGAGUAUGUCUACCUUACCCAGCAUGAAAUAAUCUUACCGAACUCGCUGAGAUACGGGGAGUUUACUGACGGUAUCUCCGAAUUGCAGGCCGAUUGACUUCGCUUUCCGGAGCCGCAAGACACUUCGCCAGAACAAUCACCUCCGAGCAGAAUCAGAAUGGCAGCACCGGCACUGGACCGGAAGGGCUCAGUAGCCCCCAAUCCCCCAAUCCAAAUCGAUCCGAUAC